AUGUGCAAACAUAUACUCAAUGCCCAAGUUGCCAUCAGAGCUCCCUGUUGCAAGAAAUGGUUCGAUUGUGCAGAAUGUCAUUAAGAAUUAGAAGACCAUCCUCUUUCAAAAUGCAUUGAAAUGAUUUUCGCCUGCAAAAAAUGCAAGAAAGUUUUUCGAAAAGACGUCACAGAUUAUGAUGAAUCUGAUGAGUAUUGUCCACAUUGUGAUAACCAUUAUGUUAUCAAAGCAGUCACUCAAGAGUCCAAAGAAAUUUAAAAGUUUGAGAACUUAGUUAAGGAAGUCAAAUAAUGA